GGAUUGAGCCAGGGGAGGGGCAGCAGGGGGAUGGAAGCUGGCAUUGUCCGCCCCGCCUCCUCCCUGCGCUUUCUCUGGGGCACCCGGAGGCUCAGUUCCUGGCUCCUGGGCUCCGCCAUGGCUGCCACGGCCGCGCUCAGCUACUUCGGGCCCCACUUUGCCGUCAUCGGCCACGUGUCUGCAGACAGGAGCACCUAUGAGGCCGUGCACCACUGGGCCUUCUUCGCUGGAAUCGUCCUGGCUGCACUCCUGACCCUGGGGGCCGUGCUGAGCGCCGCAGCCACUGUGAGAGGGGCCGGGGGCCUCAUGGCUGCGGCCUUCCUGAGCUUCGCCCUGGUGUUCUGCGCCCUGGCGCAGGCGGCCUUCUGGAGGCUCCACAACCCCACCCAGGUGGAGGACGCCGUGCUGGACGCCUACGACCGGGCCUACGACCAGGUGGUGAGGAGCGCGUCCGGAACCGGGCGGCAGGAGCUGGUGGCCAUCCAGGACACGUUCUGGUGCUGUGGCAAGAGCUCGCCCCUCGGGCUCCUGGGGGGCUCGGAGGCCGACCUGUGUCGGGGGGAAGAGGCCACCAGACAGGACUGCCUGCAGGGGAUCCAGAGCUUCCUGAGGGCGCACGGAAACAUCGUCUCCACCCUGAUCGGCCUGGGCCUCACCUUCACGGGCCCGCAGCCACCCUCCCCAGGAGCCCAGAGUAUACAGAUGUAUCCAGGAGGGAUCCCGAUCUCCUCGCCGCCCGUCCAAAGCGGACGCUCCCAAGGGCCGUCUGAGUCCAAGCGCGUGCUCUGGUCAGCUUCUGCUGCCCCGGGACACCCACCCGCCUGCCCACGGGAGCGGAGACGCUACGGUCUGCACUCGCAUGUGACCCUGGUGGGAGGGGAGGCGCUGUUUCCCUCCAUGUGGUGGGGUGCGGGAAGAGGAGGCUUGACCAGACCAGCACCUCCGUUUAAGCCGACGGGGGGCUGGGGGAGCAGGGGGCAACCGCAGACUCUGGGGAGAGGCUAGCGGGGUGAGAGUGCGGGCAGAGGGAGAAGGUGGGCUUGGUAGGGCUCCCUGGCCCCCCACCCCCAGGCUCUGGGGAGAUGGGAGGACCCACUGCAGGCUCGGGCAGACUGGGGGCAGUUCAGUUCUGCGCAGCGUCAGGACUGAGGCCCCACCCGCGUGGGCUGUCCCCGGCCUGCUCUCCUCCAGAGACCGCUUCCCCUCCUCACACGGCCCCCCAUCCUCACGCCGCAGGCAGGAGGGCCCCUGCUCCCCUCUGACCCUCCGGGCGGGAGGGCUGUCUGCAGGCCCAGGUGGUUAGGUGAGGACCACCCGGUGACCUCCCCGGCAUAAGGAGAAAUCAUGCGUGUAGUGAUGCCAUGCGCACAGUCCCAGGGGUGCAUCUGAGAACUCCUGCCUGCUGCCGCCCCCCUGCCCGCCAUCCGACCACCUGAUGACUGGCAUCCUGGGCUCAAGUCCCAGAGUCCUGGGCGGGACCCCAGACUGGCCCAGCCCAGCUCGGGGGCCCCAUCGUAGCUGCCAAAGGACAAGGGAACACGGCUCGGCCCGUUGAGCUUCCACCAAGGGGGUGCAGCCCCGCCCCCACUGAAACUGGCAGAGUCGGCUUCCUCCCCAGCAAGGAGCAGCGUCUGUGAAGUGCAGCCAAACGGGGACAGAGUGACCAACGCCCGCUGCCUGCAGUCACACACCCUCUCCGCAGUACACCUCCCAGAGCAAGACGGCUCCCCCGGGACAAAUCAGACUUGCGCCGGAAGCUCGUGGGCAGAAGCCUCGCGGUUCUGCAGUUCUGGGUUUGGUAACCGUCCAGGGCCUCCGGGGAGGUGUGUUCCUCUCCCGGUUCUGUUCUUCUCAUCUUACAAAAUAAACUUGAAGGAAGGCACCAGUA